AUGGUUCUCAGAAGAGCACCAGAAUUAGAUGAUGGCUCGUGUAGGCUCCUUGGCCCAGUCGCUUUGGGCGUACAGGCGUUGAUGGGCUUAAUCGUGAUAGGUGCACUCGUAUUCAAGCGUUACAGGGAAUCUAUCAGGCGUCCGUGGAAAGUUUGGCUCUGCGACGUUUCCAAGCAGAUUAUCGGACAAGCCUUCGUACACGCUUUCAACCUACUCGUUUCUGAUCUAUUCGCUGUUCAUGGCGGUAGAAAUCCAUGCAGUGGCUACUUUCUUAAUAUCUCUAUAGACACUACUGUUGGCGUACUCAUCAUUUAUGGCCUUAUGAAGCUAUUCCACUGGAUCCUCGUCACAAAGCUCAACAAGCAGCGCUUCCAUUCCGGUCACUAUGGUUCUCCGCCUUCUAUUCUCUUCUACGUACUCAUCCUCACCCUCAUGAAGCUCCUCGUCGUAGCUUCGUUGGCCCUUUUCCCCUUCAUUUUCAGCGUUUCCGACUUCCUCCUCGAUGAAAUGGGUCCAAAUGCUCAAGUUAUCAUUUCAAUGUGUGUCUGGCCACUUAUUAUGAACGUUAUGCAGUUCUGGCUCAUUGACUCCCUAAUUAAAUCGAAAACAACCCCUCAAGACAACGGAUUCAGAGCGCAGACUUCCCUUGAUGAUUUCGACGUCGGUGAUGACGACGAUGAUGACGACACUGAACAUCAACGCUUCCUCACAAAACCAAAUCCAGACGACGAAGAAGAGGUAGGUGAUGAAGGUGAAGGUGAUGAUUCGCGGAGCAUGGAGGAAGGGAGACGGCGUGAUGAUGGCGGGGAUGAUAAGGAUGGCGGAGUAGUCAAGAACACAUUCCCCUCAAUCAUCUCUCGUUUCACUCCACUUUCCGACAAAGAAUCAUCACGCAUAAGUUAA